AUGGAAUAUUAUAGGAAGAUAGAAUUAAAAGGAAAAGGUAGUUAUGGAUAAGCAAUAUUGGUUUAAAGUAAAUAAGAUAGAAAAUUUUAUAUAAUGAAGGUAAUUUGAAAGCUAUUAUAGAUAAUAGAUGCUUCUAAAUUCGACAUGAAAGAAAAGGAAAAUGCUUUAAAUGAAAUAGAUGUUUUAAAGAAUUUACAUCAUCCAUGUAUUAUUGAAUAUAGAGAAUCUUUUGUUGAUAAAAAGUAAAUUAGUUUUGUUAAAAAUUUAGUAAAUAUUUAUGUAUUGUAAUGGAUUAUGCAGAAGAAGGAACUUUGUAUUAAAGACUUGAACAAUAGAAAUAAAAAUAAGAACAAUUGGAAGAGUCUUAAAUAAUUGAAUGGUUUACAUAAAUUUGUUUAGCUGUCAAAUAUAUUCAUGAUAGACGAAUCAUACAUAGAGAUAUAAAAACUCAAAAUAUUUUUAUUUCAAAAGGAGAAAUUAAAUUAGGAGAUUUUGGAAUUUCUAAAUCUUUAAUUAAUUCUGAAGAUCUCUGUUAGACUGCUAUAGGUACUCCAUACUAUAUCAGUCCUGAAGUAUGUUAAAGAAUUCCUUAUGAUUUCAAAUCAGAUAUUUGGAGCUUAGGUUGUAUGUUAUAUGAAAUGAUGGCUUUAAAACAUGCAUUUGAUGCCAAAAGUAUAUUUUCUUAUUCAUUUUAGCAAUGGAAGGUCUGGUUCUUAAAAUUAUUAGUGGAAAAUACUAGCCAAUACCUACAUGUUAUUCUUAAGAAUUAAUACAAUUAUUAAAAGAUAUUCUACAUAUAGAUCCAUAAAAAAGACUCAACAUCAAUCAAAUUUUAGAUUAUAGAAUAAUAAAAAAAGCAAGAAAUGAUUUCGUAAAAAGAAAAACUUGCAAUUUAUCAAAGAUAUAAUUUAUUUCUGGAUAAAUUAACAAAAAUUAAAAUCAUUCUACAAAACUUAGACAUUAUUAAAGUGAAUAAAAAUUCAAUGGAGAAUCCCUUGCAGAUUCUAUUGAAAAUAUGAGAAUGGAUCUUGAAGAAUAAUUAGGAAUCGAUAACUUUAUUUUAAUUUAUAAUUCAUUGGUACUAUAAUUUAUGAUUAUUAGAUUAGAAAAAUGAGGAAGAUCCUUCAAAGUUUUGUGAUUAAAUAAUUAUAGAUAAAAUUAAUCAACUUCUUCGAUUAGAACAAUUAAUAUUUUGA